GCCAUGGCUCCCUUUGAACCUGCCGCCGCGCCCACGACCAGGCUCUACGACCCGACGAGCGCGUGGAACGGGUGGGUCAGCGUCGACGACCAGCCAGUCGAGAUCUACCGCGUCGAGCACAAGGACCGCAAGAGCACGUGCUACAUCGAGGCGCGCGACGGCAAGGAGUUUGUCGUGAACUUUGGGCCCCGCUUGGCCGGCGGGACCGAUCUCGCCGUGUACGCCGUCAUCGACGGCUCGCGCGUCGAAGGCCUCUCGCUGACGAGGGCGCGCGGCACCCUCCCGCACAAGUUCAUCGGCGCGCGCAUCUCGAGCACGACGAUCCGCCCUUUCCAGUUUGCGCACAUUGCGCUCACGGACGACGCCGACGAGGCGUGCCAGACCGAGUCGGUCGUCAAGAACCUCGGCACGAUCCAGCUCGAGGUCUACCGCACGCGCAUCCUCGGCAAGGUGCCGAACCACGAGCAGUACGACAGCUUCGAGCAGCCGGUCGUCGACGAGAAGUCGAAGAAGGCGACCAUGUCGCACUCGACGGCGUACGGCGCAGCCAAGACGAGCGUCUCCUCUGGCCAGGCCGACUCGGUCGACUGGAUCGACCGGCUCGGCUCGCCGUUCUGGACGCUCGAGUUCAAGUACCGGUCGCGCGCUCUGCUCGAGCUCGAGGACAUCGUCAAGCCCGUCGUCGAACCCUCGCCUCCUCCCGCCAACGCUCGCGCCACGUCCGCCUCGACCUCGGCGUCCGGCUCCGGCUCGCCCGUCGUCAGGGACAAGAUGCGCAAGGCGACGGCCAUCUCGAUCUCGGACAGCGACGGCGACGACGACCUGCGCGCCAAGGUCGCCCGCCUCGAGGCCGAGGUCGGGCAGCUGAGAGGAGGAGGAGGGGCGGGCGGCGUUAAGCGCGAGAAGGAGGACGUCAAGCCCGAGGUCGAGGGCGAGCGCAUCGGCAAGACGAGCGAGGACGAGAAGGGCAGGACGGUCAUCGACCUGCUCGACGAGGACGACGACUGAGGGAGGCGGUCCUCGCGGUGUGCGCUUCUGUCUGUGGUCUUUCGGGUUCUCUUUCCGCCUCGCUCCUCGUCGUCGUUCCCUUGUUGUUCCCUCUUCGCCUUUCGCCCUCCCUCCCUCCCUCGCUCUUUUGCUCAGCGUACUCCCUCGCAAACCAUUCGCAAUGUUUACCUUUCUGCAGU